CCUCUCCUUUUUUUACUUCUCCAUCACCUCUUCACAUCCAUCCUCUCUGUCCUGACCGCAUCGCAAAACCGGAUUUACUCACACAGCAACUUUGCCCCAAUUCCUUUCCCGAUGCAGACACCAGAGCCAACCCAGGACUCGACCCUCCGGCGCCGUGCAGCCAACCAGCCCGAUAACAGCGGCGCAGAUCGAUCCACAGAACACGUAUCGCCUACAGGCAGUUCCACAGUAACAGCAACUGGACCAGGAGCAACAGUGCCGGGCACCGAAGUAACGCCGUCGCCAGUACCGCCCAACGCAGAACAAUCUCAAGGCGGCAAGGUCUUUUACAAUGGCCGAGUAUACGACGGCACAGGCAGGUUGCCGCGCGACGCGCCCUUCACUCCAACCUACGUCAACGCCUACACCUUCAAUUCCGCCAUCGCCUUUGUCUCCCUGGUCGUCACCGCAACGUUCUUCUACUUCAAGAUCAUCGUUGGUAUUCUAGAGUCACCACAGAUCGGCCCUGAUCGCGAGUUCCUCUCUUCCAUGGCUUCUAUGGGCCCAACAGAUCGUGGUGUGCCUCGUCCUAUGAUGACACCCAUUUGUCCGUUAACUCAGGAAAAUCAGGAACAGCAACAGCAGCAGCGAGGGGGCAGGGAUAAGGAACAGGACGAUGGAGACUGCGUACUCUUUGGAAAAAUCGUGGUCCUCGCUGAUACCAUUUCGAUGUACGGGUACACGCAUGCUACCCAUGGCUGGCUCGGAUAUCUGGCGGACGAAUGGGCUGGACGGGCCGAUCUGAUCUUUCGUGGAUUCCCAGGAUACAACACACAUUGGGUCAAAUCCAUCUUCCCAGAGUUGCUUCACCAAGAGUCCAAGGGACCCAACGCGGCACCUGUGAAACUGGUGGUCGUUGCUCUCGGAACCGACGACGCGUCUUUUCCUCAUACACGCCAGCACGUCGCUCUGGACGCGUACAGGGAGAAUCUAAAGUCUAUUAUCACCUCUAUCCGAUACCCAGAGUCACCCAAUUACUCGCCCGACACCCAGAUCAUCCUUGUCACGCCCGCCCCAGUCCACGACAGCAUGUGGGAGACAUCGCUCACUGCUGUUAACCAGACCCUUGAUCGAUCCAACAAUGUCACAAAGGAAUAUGUUGAUGCCUGCGUUGAAGUCGGACAGGAACUCCGGGUGCCUGUCGUCAACGUUUGGUCCGAUAUCCAAUGUCAGAUCGAGGGUUCCUGCGAAUUGUACGAGUCGGAUCAGUUGGAGGAUUAUCUCAUGGAUGGAUUUCAUUUGAGGAGAAUGGGCAACGAGGUGCUUUACAAGGGCGUCAUGAAUGCAGUGGCACAGCAUUAUCCACAAUUGCAUCCGGUUUGCUGGCCCAUCGUGUUCCCGGGGUACAGCUCGGAAUCCAGUGCUGAGCAGUCUGUUCUCAAACGACACUGCAGCAAGCAUUAAAGCAGGUCAAGCCAUAUAGCGGCAUUGCGUACAUGGGAUAUCAUUAUUUAUUAUUUUAUAAAUGUGUAUCCGGAAAUAAAAAGGCAGCUCUCAAUCUACUCGAUCAGAAA